AUGUGCCAGGGUCUGAGCAUUGAGCUCACGUGUGGCUCCGUGCCCUGUGCUUGUGCUCACAAGAAUGUUACACCUCGACCUCUGCCCCCACUGAACUUCGUCAUAGACGUUUGUUUUCCGACCACAUCUUGCCCUUUUUCGUUCAUUUCUCGGUUUUGUGAAAACUUCCGAAAACUAAAAAAUAAAUUUUUUUAUUUUUCAUGCAAAAAAUUUGCUUCAUUCUAAGGUAAUGAUAAGGUAAUUAUCACUAUUAUGGUAAAUCUAGCUGUUGAAAUUGUCCGAGGGUCAAUUAUGAUUCGAGAACGAAAAAUUAACGCUAUUUUAUGACGGGAAGAUAGCUUUUCCUCAUUUGAAAACGAUGAUUUCCGGUUUGUGCUCCCGGCGCAGGUGGACGCCAAUCUGACCUUUGCAGAGCCAAUGACGGAAGCCGGUCCAAGGCGCCAAAUUUAUCAAAUGAUGUGACAACCGCCCACUAAAAUUAGUUUUUGACUGCGCACUCCGUUUGGAACGAGAUUUUUUGGUCCGACCUAUCGCGGGCGGAGAAAUACACUGGUGGUGUGGUCAAAGGCCUACAAAGGAUAGGAUAGACGCUUCUUCCACUCUGCGGUCCUCUCCAAAUUCCCGCAAUUUCGCCGCCAAAAUCUUUGAUUGUAGUACUUCUGCUCUAGAAACGAUUGAAAAAAUUGGUAUCUUUGUUUUCCCAGCGUGAUUAACUGUCAAUAUGGUAAUUAUUUGAUAAUCCAUUUACCGGUAUCUCUGCGAUGGAUACAAUUCCAAUUUUUUUCUUCACUUAUUUUACUAGAUUCUGAAAAAGAAUCUUUCUAAAAGUUGUUUCAAUGUGGGGAGGGGUCAAUGAACUUUACGUGAGAUUUGUCGGUCCUUAAUAAGGUCGAGCGAUGAACUAAUGUUCAAGGUCAACUGCCUUCGGUUUGCAGAACUAUUGUCUUUGAACUCUUGCUGUCAUUUCCUUUUUUCACCAGGCGUCUGAUUCACCUCAAAGAAUGAUACGUUGGGCAUCGUUGAAAUUGUUUUGUUCUCAGAGCGUCAUUGUUUUUAUUUUUUGAUUGAUUCUUUUUUCUUUUUACAACAAUUGGAAUCCAGUUUUUCUUCGUGUUUCUGCGCUGUUUUUCAAAAUAUAUAGUUGCUUAACAAAAGCUUCGGUGAAAGAGAAAUUAUUCAUUUUUGCCUUCAAAAAGACUAAACUUGGAUUUUCUGUGAGAUUUUUGGUUUUUUCUUAUUCGAACGCUUUUAAUUGGAAGGAGUACUUUUCCAGAAUGGUUUAUCAUAAAAAAAAGACUGGUAUAGCAAUUUUGAACAAGGCUGAAACCAACUAGAUCUCUUGAACUUUUUGUCGUGAUCUUUUGUUCGCCCUGGAAGCUGCUGUGAACCAACUAAUUUUCAUUCAGUCUUUCCGAUUUGAAAAAAAAAAUCAUAACAUUCCCUCAACGGAUCAUCGACCGUUUGUAACUGGAGCCAAUUUUUUUUCUCCUCUACGGAGUUAAUAUGUCAGUUUUGUUGAAAACUCUUGGAACACCUCAUUCGAUUCGACGUUUCAGAACGUUAUACACACAGCUGUGUUGGUGUAUUGUAUUGCAAGGACUGUUUGCCUUGCUGCGUCCACUUGCAAGUAGCUGUCGGCCACUGCAUGAAAAAACCCACUCAAAUUCAAAAAGUUGUUUUUUCUGCAUGCUAAUGAUUUCCUGGAGAUUCAUAUUCUCUUUCGAAGCUUUUUUAUUUGUUCGCGUAUUUCAUGGUGAUUUAAACGUUCUCGCGCUGUUAAAUGCUUCUCAGAGCUCGAGUAAAGUUUCAGAUGGUGCUGCUGUUCAUGUUAGUUCUGCCAGUGGCAGCUGACAUCGCAACUUAUGGGUAUUCUCCGAAAGGCUUGAAUCCGACAUUGUAUUCCGCUGAAGACAGGUUCCCGCUUCCCUUCUUUGUUAUAUGCACUGAAAUGAACUUUGUUCUGAAAAAUUAGAAAACCAGGCACUCAGUGAAACUCGUGAGGUUUCGAGUUCGAACAGCUCCAUUUUUUAGAUGUCGCUUUUGCGCACUUUUUGAGCCGUUUUUAUAUCUUGAAUUCAAGGAGGGUCUAUUAUAUCAUAAAACAUAUGAGCUAAAAUCGAGUUGACCUAUUUUCUCGUAGUUGACCCCUCAUAAAUUUCCGUGGUACAAGGAAGUCCUACUAACUUUUUUUCAGUAUCAUUCAACUUGACGAGGUGACCUUCAAUGACACCGUUUACUGCAACGGGGAUGACUGUGUCGGUCACUUAGUGGAGGUUCAAAAGAGAUUUUCAGAUUGGAAUAUUCUCAUAUUUUCAGUUCUACUCGGAUUGGUGCGGACAUUGUCGGUCUUUCGCCCCUCUGUAUAAAAGUUUCGCCAAGGAUGUGGAUGGAUGGCAAGGAGUGGUCAAGGUCGAAUUGAUUUUCUGCGGUUUUUUUUGAUUUCAAGUUUAGAUCGGAGCAAUUAACUGCGCGGAUUCUGUGAACGAGCACGUUUGUAGGAGUAAUGGGAUUCAAUACUUCCCUCUUAUCAAGGUAAAAUUUUAUAAUCUGGGAAAAAGUGUCAUUUUGACUUUUUCGAUUUCACUGCAAAAAUUGUAAAAAUUGCAUCUGCUUAACAUUUUAUGGAAAAAAAUGUCUCAUGAAAAAUUCUUAAAAGUUUUCAGUAUUUUCCACGAAACUCAACGGAGUCUAUGGAAAGCUCGCAACUGAAACCAUACCCAUCUUUGUCUGAGAUGCGAGAUCAACUAACUAAGGUUAAUUCUGGCGCAUCUUCAGCAAGAUCUUAUCAACAUUUAGGUGAUCAUGGAUGACUACGCUAUCAACCGAUUCAAUGAUUGGCCUACGUUUGACUUCCUUGGAGAGUACGUUGAAGAGAAAAAAACCGAGAGUUAUUAAAUCAUUCAGCGUCGUUACCUACGGAGAACUGUGGGACGGAUCUCCAUCUUCCGCUCAACACAUGGCAAUCAUUUUUGAGUACAAUCAAGCAAGUCUUACUGGAGCUCAGGUUGAACACUUCUUACUUUCUGAUUUGAUGAUCUUUUUUGCAGCUUCUCCUAGAUUUACACGCUCAUCGAGAUAGGCUUCUGGCUAGACGAUGCUUGAAGAGUCAUCCGCUUGUCGAGGCGUUGAAAAUAACUGAUUUCCCAUCUCUAGCCAUUUUCAAGAGAGGAGAAAGGAAGCCAGUGAUGGUGGCCGAGUAGGUUUUCUUUUCGAAGUUGAAAAAAAAAUCGAACGAAUAGUUUCAUAACCGUCUUUAUUUACAGACUCCGCCGUUUGCUCCUCCGUGAGAUUGAAGGUUUCCUGGAGAAACCGUCGGACAACGAGCUUCAGAAGAUCCAAUUCAGCAGUCGUAAGAACAAAACUAUGGACUGCAAAGCGGACCCGGAAAAGUAAGAAUUUCACCAUAAUUUUUCUUUAAUAUUUCUAAACUUGAGAUGCCGAAAACUCUACUUUGUGUCGGAGGUUGACAUGCUCAAGGCAAUGAGAUAUGCUCUUUUCCGAGAAUCGGCCAGGACAGGUAACUUCAUUGCGUUUAUUCUCGAAAUACAGUUUUUUUAAGGAGCUCCUUUGCAAGCAGCCAACUUAUCUGCUCUGCAUUCGUUCAUUUCCUUGUUAGCUGAUAAUUUUCCAACUACCACUCUCGAAGGUGCUGAAAAUAAGGUUUGUGAUGAUUCUGGAAAUUUCGUCAUUUUUCGUUUAAAUAAAUUGAGUCCCUCAUUGAAACGACUGCACCUUGGAAAAAAUUGAAACUUCAAAAUUCUCCUUUUUAAGUUUUUUUGCGCUGUUGCUGGUGAUGCUACUGUUAUAUCAACUUUGCGUUGAAGAAAAUCGUUCAUAACUGGAUGGGCUAAAAAAGUAUAAGUUUCUUAGAUAAGCGUGCACCUUCUAUGCUCCGUUACUUUUAAAAAAAUCACUCUCUUUAAAAAUUCAAAUCCAUUCUUUCAGACCUACUUGGACCGGUCGAGCCGUGCCGUUCGAGUUUUCUCCAGAUUGAGAGACUAUCUGGCCGAUAAAGGCUUGGACGCGGUCAUUCAAAUCGAAGAGUGGCAGAAAGAGUUUCUUGCGGCAGAGGUCUGCGAAGUUUUCCUUUUGUUUCAAGUCUAAAAAUUUGCAGGAGGCAGCCGGAAAUCCUUUCCCACUCAACGCCGAAUGGCAGCACUGCGCAGGAUCAUCCACACAGUUCCGUGGCUACACCUGUGGUUUAUGGACCACCUUCCACGCUCUCACCGUUUCUGCCUACAACAAUUGGGUCACUAACAGCAGUGGUGAGUUUUUGAAAAUCUGGGUAGGAAAUCGCACUAUCCGCCGCGGUUUGAAAAACUAUGUUACAACUGUACUGAUCUCUCAUCAGUUCUGAUAUUUUACAUGCGGAUUUUAAGGGAAAUUGCUUCAUGUAUUUUUUUCACUGUAAAAUGACUAUGCAAAAAAAUUAAAAUCAAUACUUCAUACAGGUUUUUUUGCAAGUAAUGAAUUCCAAAAGAUUUUCCAGCUUCCGCUUCAGAGUUAAAAAUCGAUAUAUUUUAAAAUUCCCUGUUUAGUUCAGUCCAACUUCAUUACUGACGCUUCAGAUCAUGCUUUGGAUGUCUUAUUACUUCAGAAACUUGAAAUUUUAGUGUAGUACAGCUUGAAAGUCUAAUGAGAAGCCUGAAAAAAUUAUAAAAGAGCCUAUAAAUUCGGAGUUUUGAAUGAAUCUUUGAAUUUUGACUGCAGUAUUAUUUAGUUUUGACUGAAAUCCAUAUUUUUUCAGAAACCGCCCAUCCACUGCCACCUCUUCAAGCCAUCCGAGACUGGGUUGGAUCAUUCUUCGGUUGUAACCACUGCCGCGAGCAUUUCCUUCGAAUGACGACCAAUACUUUCAAAAUGGAGGCGCAGGUGAAUUCCAUGAAUUUUUGAGCAUUGCAAAAAGUUCUCUUUUCUUUUCUUGAGCUUCACCGGGAAUUUACAGGUUCGAAAACCGGAAGACGUGUUCAUGUACUUGUGGCGGGCUCACAACAUCGUCAACGCCCGAUUGCGAGGAAGAGAAACCGAAGAUCCGAAAUUCCCCAAAUACCAAUUCCCAGCCAACUUCUUGUGCUCAAACUGCACUUCCAACGGACAACUGGCAGAAGAUUCAGUUCAACCUUUCCUCAUUGAAUAUUACUCAAGAAUUCGCCCCUAUCAAACACCAAAUUCACAUUAG